CAAUGGAGGAUAAUGAUCUUCAAAUAGUUGAUAGCAAGAAUAUUCAUCAUGUAGAGGCACAAUACGUGGAGAUGAUGGUCCCUUUGUAUUCGUAUGGAUGUGAAAGGAAAGUGAAGAAGGCAUUGAUGUCCCAUCUCAAAGGUAUUUAUUCGAUCAAUAUAGAUUAUUAUCAACAAAAAGUUACUGUUUGGGGAAUUUGUAAUAAGUAUGGUGUGUUGGAAAUGGUGAAGAAAAAGAGGAAAGGGGCUCGGUUUUGGAAUCCAGAAGAUCAUAAAAUUGUAUUGGAUGAUGGUAAUCCUAAAUUAGAUAUGCGGCGGCUGGAAUCACAAGAACGGCGGCGGUGGCAGCACCGGCAGUGCCAGCUGGCAUUGGCAAAGGUUCAAUCUUUAUCUCUUAGUUGUUUCAUCCACCGUCUAUUGAAGAUCGUCGAGCUUCCUCCACCUUCAUCCGCCUCCUCCACCGUCGCCGCUGGCACAACUGCUAAAUAA